UAAUAAAUCAGCUCGGUAACAAGCGAACACAGGUUUUGAAAAUCUCUGCGUUUGUUCUCUUCUUCCUUCUUCCUUAUUUUUUUAUUCAUUUUCUGAUUAUUCUAGUCUCAGAAAUUCACAUUUUCAACUUCUUCGGCUCUUCGGGAAAAGGGGAAAAAAGAAUUUCUUCAGCUCAAUGCCUAUCUGAAGCUUUUAGAUUUCUCUCUGCAUCUUUCAAACUCAGCUUCUACUAAUCCUCUUCUCGGUUAAGGUUUCUUUAACUUAUGCAAGCUUUCAUGGACAGAAGGAACUGGAAAUUCAUCAGAUUUAGAGUUCUUCUUCUCUUUUUGCUCUACCAGAACUUUAUUUUCUGCUGGUCGCUCAACGAAGAAGGUUUAGCGUUAUUGAAGUUUAGAGAAAGAAUAGUGAGUGAUCCGUACGAGGCGUUGAAGAAUUGGAAGGAUGAGGAUGAAGUUGUUAAUCCGUGUUCUUGGUUUGGAGUUGAGUGCUCUGAUGGCAAAGUUGUCGAAUUGAACUUGAAAGAUCUUUAUCUUGGAGGAACACUAGCACCUGACAUCAGAAACCUUGUUCACAUAAAGUCUAUCAUUUUGCGCAACAAUUCUUUUACUGGCAUCAUUCCUGAAGGGAUUGGAGAGUUGAAGGAGUUGGAGGUGCUAGAUUUUGGAAAUAAUAACUUCAGUGGGCCACUUCCUCCUGACCUUGACAGCAGUCUCUCUUUGAAAAUCCUUCUCCUGGACAACAACAGGCUUCUCGGCAAUUUAUCACCUGAAAUUCAUCGACUAGAAACACAUUCUGAAUUUCAAGUAGAUGAAAACCAACUAGCUAGUGCAGCUAAAGGACCAUCUUACAAUGAAAGAUCUGCCUUACGGAAUGCUGUGCAAACUGAAAAUGCAAUUAACAAGCGACAGCUGCAAGUGGCCAAUGCCCCUCGAGUGAAUGAAUCACCAUAUUUAAGAAGUAGUUUCUCUGUUCCAGAAGCACCUUCUGAAUCUGGAAAGGCUCCACCUAGAUCUGUAGCCCCACCAUUUUCGCUUUUGCCUUCUCCCCCUGUAAAUAACUCCAUUCAAUCUCCUCCACCGGAACCAAAUCCGGCACCCUCUUCUCCCCCUGCAGUUGUUUCUCUUCCAAUUCCACUGGAACCAAAUCCCCCUUCUGCUUCACCUAAUGGUUCUGCUUCAAAUCCUCUUCUAGUUCCAACUCCUCCAUCCUCUAAUAAUCCUAGAAAACAUUCCUCAUCAAAAAAACAUGUUUCUAUAAUUGCUGGUGUCAUAGGGGGUGCUUUACUUGCCAUGUCCAUUGUCAUUUUAUAUGUGUAUAAAAUUAACAAGGCUACUGUCAAACCUUGGGCCACAGGAUUGAGUGGGCAACUUCAGAAAGCAUUUGUAACUGGUGUACCGAAGCUUAAAAGAUCUGAGCUUGAAGCAGGCUGUGAAGAUUUCAGUAAUGUAAUUGGUUCUUCACCAAUUGGUACACUGUACAAGGGAACAUUGUCCAGUGGCAUUGAAAUAGCUGUGGCCUCAGUUGCAGUAACAUCUUCCAAGGAUUGGCCUAAGCAUUUGGAAGUUCAAUUUAGGAAGAAGAUUGAGACAUUAUCAAAAGUGAAUCACAAGAAUUUUAUCAACCUUAUUGGAUAUUGUGAGGAGGAGGAGCCCUUCACAAGAAUGCUGGUUUUUGAAUAUGCUCCAAAUGGGACACUCUUUGAACAUUUACACAUUAAAGAAUCUGAACACCUGGACUGGCCAAUGCGGUUGAGGAUUGGAAUGGGCAUGGCUUGCUGCCUUGAACACAUGCACCAGCUGAACCCACCAGUAACCCACAACAAUCUGAAUUCAUCAGCCAUCUCUCUCACUGAAGAUUAUGCGGCCAAAAUUUCAGAUUUCAGUUUUUCAAAUGUGAUAACUGCAACUGAGAUGGAAUCAUUUGGCAAGAAUUUCUUAGAUACUCCAAUGGUACAUCCAGAAAGUAAUGUUUACAGUUUUGGUGUGGUAUUAUUUGAAAUGAUAACAGGAAGAAUACCUUACUCUGUGGAGAAUGGCUCACUCGAAAACUGGGCAUCAGACUAUUUGAGAGGAGAUCAACCCCUUAAAGACAUGGUUGAUCCGACGCUAGCCUCCUUCGAAGAGGAAAAGUUAGAAAGAAUUGGUGAACUGAUAAGAUCUUGUGCGCGCCCGGAUCCAUUGCAAAGACCAGCAAUGAGAGAAGUCACUGCAAGAUUAAGAGAGAUAACAGGAAUAACAGCAGACUCAGCAACCCCAAAACUUUCUCCUCUCUGGUGGGCAGAGCUUGAAAUUUUGUCACCAGAUGCAUGAUGCUAAAAUAUAAAAACCAGACUGUAAGCAAGAGCUCAAGUUCUCAUUGGCCAUUGGUUAUGGUUUGUGAAGCUGAAAGAGGCAGUUGCUGUAAGUUUAUAUCCUUGUAUCUAAGAGUUGCUUGUAUAUAACUUAGUGAGAAAAUGUGGUAAAUCAUUUCCAUUCUUUUCUUUUUUCCCCUAAAUAUUUUAUUUCUUUUUCUUAUGAAUUUGGGUGUGAAUUCAACACAAACACGUCUAUAUACAGAGUAAAUGGUCA